CUCCAUAAAACCCUAAUUUCUUCAUCACAAGAAUCAGAAGAAGAAGAAAGAUGGGGAGGUCUCCUUGCUGUGAGAAAGACCACACGAACAAAGGAGCUUGGACUAAGGAAGAAGACGAUAAGCUCAUCUCUUACAUCAAGUCUCACGGCGAAGGUUGUUGGCGUUCUCUUCCUAGAUCCGCCGGUCUUCAACGUUGCGGCAAAAGCUGUCGUCUCCGGUGGAUUAACUAUCUCCGACCUGAUCUCAAAAGGGGUAAUUUCACCCUCGAAGAAGAUGAUCUCAUCAUCAAACUCCAUAGCCUUCUGGGCAACAAGUGGUCUCUUAUUGCGACGAGAUUACCGGGAAGAACAGAUAACGAGAUUAAGAAUUACUGGAAUACACAUGUUAAGAGGAAGCUAUUAAGAAGAGGGAUAGAUCCAGCUACUCAUCGACCGAUCAACGAGAACAAAAGUCCUCAAGAUUCGUCUGAUUCUAGCAAAACAGAAGACUCUCUUGUCAAGAUUCUCUCUUUCGGUCCUCAGUUGGAGAAAAUAGCAAAUUUUGGGGACGAGGGAGAUGAAAAGAGACUCAUGUGCCAAAAAGAGAGAGUUGAGUACUCUGUUGUCGAAGAAAGAUGUCUAGACUUGAAUCUUGAGCUCAGAAUCAGUCCACCAUGGCAAGACCAGCUCCAUGAUGAGAAGAACCUGAGGUUUGGGAGAGUGAAGCGUAUGUGCACUGCGUGCCGUUUUGGAUUUGGGAACGGCAAGGAGUGUAGCUGUGAUAAUACGAAAUCUCAAACAGAGGACAGUAGUAGCAGCAGUUAUUCUUCAACCGACAUUAGUAGUAGCAUUGGUUAUGACUUCUUGGGUCUAAACAACACUAGGGUUUUGGAUUUUAGCACUUUGGAAAUGAAAUGAAAUGAAAUAUAUUAAUCAAUUUAUAGCUGUUGA